ACGCACAUGCAACGCAACCGAGUAAAUAUUGUACCAGAAGGGGGUACUUUCGGUGUAUCUUCGAUGCACCAGCUAUUAAUACUGUUUGCCGGUUAGUGCUAUCCGGAGCCCUCGGUCGCUCAACAAUAAACGCCUUUCUCCGAAAGAUCCGAGAAGAUCACGCAGUGAAGAGAAUAUUCCUUUUAUCUAUUGAUAACGAAAAUAGCCACCCACUAAUGAUCCGUUUCUUGUGGCGCAUCUCUGUCAGAGGAAAUCGAAAACCGAGUGAAAGCAUGCGAUUUCGAUCGCCGAUGUUGCUGCUGCUUCUCUGCGCCGUUCCGCUCGCGAUGACGCAGAGGAUCGAGGAGUGUCAACAGAGUGCCAACGACGAAUUGAUCUGGGAGUAUGACGUCAGGAGACCGCACCGAAUCGGUGGUUAUCAAGAAGUAGAAGCGGAUUAUGGUCCGACGAAUGCGAGGAUCACAUGCAUACGGUUCAACUCAUUGUCCGACGAGGAUAACGACGCGGUGUCGAUCACUUCCGGCGGAAUUGGAUACAACUUCGUCAAACUGAAGUUCAAAUCGAAAUAUUCGCGAGGUCUCCGCUAUAGAGUCUUUGUUUAUGGACAGCCCACCUUGAGAAGAAGUUCACUGCGACUACCUCGAUGAUUUUAUCCAUAAACCUUCCCAUAACAUUUCCACAAAAUGUCUUCGUGCAUCUCCGUAUUUAAUUCAUUUUUAGAUAGUUAAUCUUUUUUUUAUAGAAUUUUAAAAUAUUUUCAGCAGUGAGAAUAUUUAUUAUUUUAUUUAAUUCAGCAUGUUUCUAUUCUACCUUAUAAAUUUUUUGUUUUACAGUGAGAAAUGCAAACAAAUUAAGUGAAAAGAUGAAAUGGUACACGCUUCUGCGUCGAUAUACACAUAUCGCUGUAGAUACUUCUUGUUUUAAAUCUCUGUUUUAAAUCACUUAAAUACAUUCAUAAUUUACGUUGUCUCAUUAUACUUUGUGCGAGACAGCGUGUUGCACGAAAUUUCGAUUGACGUUGUCGUCCGCGCAAUAAAUUCGCGAAUUUAUCGCUGUUGUAAUUUAGAACGUUCACCCUUCGCGUGUCCUGAUAAUAUGGACAGAGAAAUGGGAAGACUACGUGAUGGAAAAUAGAGAAUUCUUUGGUAGCAAAUUUGUCUUCUUCAAUGUUAUUCUUUAAUGAAAGUGAUAAAAUAUAAAAGUAUCAAUAAUAUAGUCCUAAUUUGCUAGAAUAAAAUAAUUAUGCUUUCUUCACUUCACUUCAGUAAUUAAGCAAAUAAGGAUUACAUCUCACGCAUGAUAACGUAAUAAAUCUUUCUACAUACGAAAUUUCCAUAGAAACUCCUGCUGAUAAUACAAACAAAAGGAUAAUAAUUUCAUUAAUUAAUUAUUAUUAUUAUAUAGAUAAUAAUUUUUUAUAUAAAAGAAACAAGUAAAAAAUGCAAAUUAACUUUUUCCGUAAUUUUGCUCUUGAGAAAGUCAGUUUUAAAAAUUAAAGAAUUAACAAUUCGUAAUCGCGGUAACGACGAAAUUAGUACGAUUUGAUGAUCUGAACUCGAAGAUUGAAGGAGUUUAUCGUUACCGAAUGUGGGCCAAAUUCCGAAACCAGACUAACGUGACCGCAGCGAUAAGCCUGCGUGUCAGAUUCCACGUGGAAAGGCACGGGGGACCGUCGAAUUGGAAAAGCAUAAUACGGGCGAUCAAGGGGUACCAUUCGCGGAUUGCCUCCAUCGAUGAGUACGAAAGAAAUAUAUUUUCCCUGCGUGCAGGAAAUAAUUACGCGGUCGAACAUGCGAAACGAUAUCCGCCGUUCCUUCAGGCAAUUACACGAAAAGAAAGUUUUUGAUCGGCUAGCGAGCGAGCAUGUCGAGCGGAAUUCGAAAGGCGGCAGGAUUUUUUGUUCAUUAUUUGCCGGGAUACGCGAAGAUAGUUUCGAUAUCUAUUCCGUAAGCCUCGGGGAAAUUGAAUUCACUCUUGAGUAAUAUAAGUUUUAUGAGUAGCAUGCGAUUAAAUAUUUAAAUCUAUUUUUUAUUAUGUCGAUAAUAUGUAAAUAUACAAUUCUAUUAUAUAAAUCAAACAUAAUAUUUUUCGUAAGUUAUAUAAAUUAUUAUUAUAUCAGUUAGUGUUAAUUAUGUGUACAUUUUAGAUUAUAGAUGUAUUUUAGGUUAUAUAAAUGCAAAAAAUGACAUAUUUUCAUAAAAGUGUAUAUUAUAAUUAAAUAUUAUUAACACUU